AUGACUAAGGACCUUAAAGACAAACUGGGGUUAUCAGUAAUUGGUAGAGAGUCACUUCUAAUCAAAACCUUUGGUGAGUCUGACGCCAGGCUACGAACAUGUGAAAUUGUUCAAGUGGGUAUCAAAACCAGAUGCGAUGCAAUUGUGUACAUUCAAGCCUAUGUGGUGCCAGUCAUAUGUGGCCCUCUGACCCAACAACCCACAGAGCUUGCUCAGUCUAGCUACGAACAUCUGCAUGACCUCAGUUUAGCCGACAGGUGUGGCGGCAGAGAUUUGCCCAUCAGCAUUCUCAUUGGUGCUGAUUAUUAUUGGUCAUUGGUCGAAGGUACUAUUGUGAGAGGUGCACCGUGGGAACCUGUUGCUCUUGCUACAAAGCUAGGAUAUGUCCUCUCCGGACCCACUAUGAUUGUGUCUAACCGUGACAAUGGUAACACUGUGAAUCUUACUGCGACGCAUGUACUGAAAGUGGAAGCAAGUGUCGUCGGUCAAGAUGAACUUGCCUCUGAACUUGGAAAAUUCUGGGACUAUGAGUCACUUGGCAUUCGAGAUAAAGGUUCGUCUCUGUAUGACAAAUUUGUUAGCGAAGUUGAAUUCACUGAAGGAAGAUAUCAAGUACAGCUACCUUUCAAAGAGGACCAUGAGCUGCUUCCAGAUAAUUUUGCUUUGUGCAAAUCAAGGUUGGUCUCACUACUGAAACGUCUGAAAUUAAAGCCCGAGAUGUUAAAGCACUAUGAUGAUGUCAUCCAAGAUCAGCAACAACAAGGAAUUGUGGAACCUGUGGAUCAAGGUGUCAACAAUGGUGUGGGAAAAGUACAUUACAUUCCUCAUCAUGAAGUGAUUCGCGUGGACAAGGACACCACAAAACUUCGUAUUGUUUAUGAUGCCAGUGCACGAUCAGGAAAGAACACAUCAAGUCUCAAUGACUGUUUGUAUGCUGGUCCACCACUAUCUCCCCUCAUCUAUGACAUCCUCCUGAGGUUCCGGGCUCACAAGACAGCCCUCAUAGGAGACAUUGAGAAAGCUUUUCUAAAUGUUUCAGUUCACCCCAAAGAUCGUGACUAUCUUCGUUUCCUGUGGGUUGAUGAUGUCACAAGCAGCCACCCGAACCUACAAGUUUAUCGAUUUGCAAGAGUUGCAUUUGGCGUCUCCGCAAGUCCGUUCCUAUUGAAUGCAACAAUUCGUCAUCACUUGACUUCUGCUGACAUCCCCAAAGAAUUUGCUGAGAGAGUUCUGAAAAGUCUGUAUGUGGAUGACUUUGUUGGUGGAGAUGAUUCUGACAAUUCUGUUUUCGAGAUGUAUGAGAAUCUGAAGUCAUCCUUCAAGAGCGGAGGCUUCAAUAUGAGAAAAUGGGUCUCCAACUCUGAAGCCCUUCAGGAAAGAAUUGAACAAUCUGAAAGCCAGUCUUCUCAAGUUACAAGCAAGUCUGUCAAGGAGCACCCUGUUCAAGAGGAAGAUCAAACCUUCUCGAGUUCCCUGUUUGAGACGUCAAAGAACCCCAGCACAGCAAAACUGAAAGUACUGGGAGUUGGAUGGGAUAGACGAAAUGAUUUGUUACUCUUGGAUCUGGCCUCUCCACUAGAAACUAGCAAUACUUGUCCAGUUACGAAGAGAGCAAUUCUUGGUACAACAAGCAAGUUGUAUGAUCCCCUGGGACUAAUUAGUCCAGUCAUCAUUCUACUGAAGAUCAUCUUUCAAUCUAUUUGCAAGACAAGAGUGGGUUGGGAUGACCCCGUGGAUUCAUUCAUCCAUGAACAGUGGUUAAAGCUUGUUCAAGAUGCUAAGAAGGUGGGGGUGGUGGAAGUGAGGAGACACUACCACCUUGGCUUGUCAUUAGGAGAUUUACAAAGCAUUCAACUCCAUGGUUUUGCGGAUGCAA